UUCGUCGCAGUUAGCGGUCGACCCGACCGGCCGCGCCCGUGUCAUCGAAGAUUUAUUCCCGUAUUGUUACAAUUGCAGAUUUUCUUACAAUUAAUUCCAAGUAAAAACAAUAGAGAGUGUUAGUGUCGCAUAAAUUUGAGUGUUUGCCCCAGCCAGGUGAUAGGUGAUUGCAACACAUGUGGCUUAAGGGUAUAAGGUUCGAUACUGCUUGGCACAAGCCUGGGUAGUUCGUGUGUACAGCCCUUUGUCCGUAGGAAUGACAAGGCGUUUUAUUGGCAUGUGACGCGGGCGAAGUGAGCGGCAUGCGAGGCGAGCGCUCUAAGCGGGCCGCGGCCUCGCUCGCCGCGCUCGCGACCCUCAUCGCGCUUGCGCUUCCACCGCUCUGCUUCGCACAGUACGACACAGCGUCCAAUAAGAACUCACGCGGUCGUUAUGGUGAUACGUGCUCCACGGCGGUGGAUUGCAACUUCACGGAUUCUGUAUGCGACGAGGUGCAUAAGAUCUGCAAGUGCCACCCAGACGUGCCGGUCAGCAACCACGUCGAUAAAUGUGGCAAACCUGCAUCGAUAAACGAAACGUGCACGUUCAACGAACAAUGUGAGGAUGUUAACUUUAAGACACAAUGCCGGAAUGAGAGAUGUGUAUGCAAAUUUGAUAUGAUACCGGAAGUUACCGUCGAUGGCAGUGUCACGUGUACUGCGGAUAAGAGCCCGGAGACUCCAAUAAGGACCCUGGAUCCAGCUAUGAUUGGGGUCCUCGUUGGCAUGGCGCUGAUGUUCGUUAUUAUUUGCGUUGUUCUUCGGCUGUUCAGCAGAGCAAGAUGGAGGGAGAAUCGCACAAUUUUCAACACUCCAAAUCCGAGGCUAAUGAAUGUGUCCUUAUUGAGAGAUUCUAAGCUAUUACACGCACAGGAUCGUCGUGGAUCUCGUGUAAGCGUUCGGCCACCAUCGAGACAGACUAGUCAACAAGAAUUGCGGCCGCAUUCACCAAGUCCAGCACUCCAUCACCAAAGCCAUCAGUUACACCGAAAACCCUCAGGUUCUCGCCGAGGUUCAAGAGCAAGCAGUGGACAUUCAGCUACAUCAUUGAGAUCAGCAACACUUCGUUCGCCGACUACAACUGGACCUACUUCGGUUACUGUCGAAAUACGAGCCCCAGAUUCGUAAAAUCUAAAAGACAUUCAUAUUAUAACUAAACAAAAAGCUAAAAUCACAAAAACACUUAGAAGAAAAGGUAGAAAUCGAAUAGUUCAAAAUGAUGAUAAAAAGAAAAGUAUAUUAGAUAUAAAGCUAAGUAACGAUGCUUCUAACGUGUAAUCAGGGAACGCAAAGUCUGUAUUCAAAGUUGAACAAAAGUAAUUGUAAAAACAUUCAGUCCAGUUUUACCGUAUUUGUGAUAAUAUUUACCAAUUGUUCAGCAUUAAAUUAGGCUUAUAUUCAUCCAUUAAUUGUAUAGCAAUAAUGUCAUGCACUAAUAUAUCUGUCAUAAAAUCAGCCACUUUAAAAGUGCCUCUAUUCAUAAUAUCAAUGAUUUACUUUUUAUCUUUCAUGAAGUAUAAAAUUUACCUAAAUAAGUUAAUGAAGCACAUUGUUAGAUUUAAAACAGUUAAACAUUUAAAUAGUAUAUUCACGUUCACCAUUCAAAUAUUAAGUCACUUUUUAUUAUUAGAUAUAAUGCACAGUUCUAAUAUACUCAUAAUUUAAAGAAUAGACAUAUAAUAGGGAGAAAUUUAGCUUUUUUAGCAUUAGGUGAAAGAUCGCUUUUUGGCAAAUUUUGUAGUUCGAUAGUUUAGUAAGUCGAUUAUUAAUAUAAGAACACUAUUUCAGAUUUACUCUUCUUUUCUAGAUUUCCUUGUAAGUAAAAGCUAGAUUUUGUGAUUCCCUGCCUUAGAAAUAUAAAGUGUAGCUUAUAUCUAAGCUAAAAUUUAUUUACGGGGACCAUCUCCUGAUGAGGAGUGAUCUGAAUUUCGAGUAGAUUGGAUAGUAAUUAGGAAGGAGGGAAGCUUCGAUAUCGCUUUCUAUAACUAUAACGAGGUAAUUAUAAGACUUUCAAUUAUAUCUAGUUAUAAUUUGUGGUGCGGACGAAAUGCUUUCUUUAAAGUUUCAAUGAGAGACAGUUGUGAGUCGAGUUAAGGUUUUCGUUUAAGAUCUCGUGUAGUCUUCUUAGGUACUUCUUAUAUAACGAUACGAUGUGUAAAAUGGGGAAAUUUACACAAAUAAUGAUAAGUCAUUGCACUUCUGAAGCUUCGACCAAAUUUUAUGUAAUACGCACAAGCGUCUAGUACAGAUUUAGGGACUUUAUAAUAAUUGAAUGCCACUAUAUGCGUGUUGAUGCAAAUAAACAAAUUAAUUAUAGAAAAAUAUCAUCUCCACCUUUAAGUAUGGGACAUACUUGAUUUAUGGGGAAGACUUGAAGUAUGGCUCAUACAGAAAAUAUCAUUAUCAUUUUUAAAUAGAGCAAACUGACAUUUGUACUGGAAUAAGCUAUUGUAUCUUAAAUAUAAUAAAUAAUAAUGCUCACAUCAAGAAAAUGUAUUUCGUACACUGUGCUAGUUAUAUAAUUACUGAAAAAUUUAUGCUGUAAUUUAAUUAUACUAUGAACUUUUAUUAUAACUUAUACUUCCUGA